UGAAACAUAGGACGCCAAUAAAUAACCUACCGUUUAUUCCAUUCUCCAAAUUUUUUCCCAGUUUCCCUAUUCUCUUCCUUUUUCUCUCUCCUACUCCGUCGCAUGCAGGAUUAACACAAUAACACAGACAUCAAUCCCAGAAAUUCCCUAAAAGGAUUUAGGAAUAUGGUCACUCACUACCCUUCUGUCGCAAUUUCGUGCACGGAGGUUGCACCUUAUUCUGCACAAGUUUCGCAAGUAACAGUUAGUGAUUCACGAUAUGCUUAUUCAGAAUCGGCAAUUCUUGGUCUCAAAAAUUUACAUAUUUCGGCUCAAUUAAUGGAGGAUUUUCUUGAAAUUGCUCGUAACAACACUGACAAGGAUCUCGAGACGUGUGGGGUUCUUGGUGCUUCUCUCACUGAGGAGACAUUCUACGCUACCACAUUAAUAAUACCAAAACAGGAAUCUACUUCCAGUUCGGUGAGUCUCUAUGAUGAUACCUUCAUGUCGCCGUUGUCGUGUCAGGCAUUACAUGAAGAAGACAUCUUUAACAUACAAAAUGACCGCUCCCUUUUGCCUGUAGGAUGGAUCCAUACACAUCCUUCUCAAAGCUGUUUUAUGUCAUCAAUAGAUCUUCACACGCAGUAUCCAUAUCAGGUAAUGGUGCCAGAGGCUAUCGCUAUUGUCGUGGCUCCCACUGAUAAGACAAGGAAUUAUGGUAUAUUCCGGCUGACGGAUCCAAGUGGAAUGAACGUUCUCAAGGAAUGUGAAGAAAAGGGGUUCCACCCUCACCGCGAUUCCAGUGACGGUAGGCCGUUGUACGAACAAUGCUCUCAUGUUUAUAUCAACCCGAACCUGAGAUUUGAAAUUUUUGACUUGCGUUGAUACGACCGACCCUUGCUUCAUGAUAGAUAAAUUCAUUUGUGAAUAGAAAAUAGAGGUAUACUUUGGAACCAUGCACGUGAAGCUCAGUACGUCCUGCAUCAGUUCAAGUGCUGUACUGACAUUUGUGGAAGAUAAGGUAAUAUAUAUAGUGAUGCACUCAUAUAGAUGAACUCAGAUCUCCUGUAAAUGCACCCAGUUGAUGCACAUAUCAGGGGGAAAAUACAGAUGUAUUUUUUUGCAAUUUGCUACCUGUUCAAGUUGCUCCGGACCAAUUUACGGCCUUGUUCUCUUCAACUUAAAUAAAUUAGUUUUGUUUUAAGUAAAGUUAAGUUUCGAUCAAUAGCCAAUUAUGACAAAAACUGUACAGAAUAAGUUGUAAUUAGUAAAAACUAGUUUCAAGUAGUUUAAGAGAACAUGAUCUACCUACAAAGUACUCUGUAUAUUGUUCUUAAUGUAAAGUACCUGUAUUACUGUA